GUCUGGCAUUAUCUCUUUCCUCUCCACCCAAGUCACUGUCAACCACCCCUUGUUUACCCAUCGUCAAUUCCACCACCAUGUCCAGCGAUACAGGAAUUACUGCCCUACUCUCCCACCAAUGGAUCGGCGACGUCGAGGGACAACAUACGCUACUCCUGAAAGAAGACGGAUCCGGAGAGAUCGUUUCCCGCUCUGAGCUGACCAUUGCGUUGGCCGCGCAUCUCACCUGGAAGGUCAUCGACUCUGGCCCCGUCAACGACGACGACCCACCCGCGCAGUCGUUCUUGGGCAAGCUCCUCCGGCGAAAUCCACCCUCAACCGAAGCCCUCGUCGCGACGAUCGAGCUCACCAUCUCGAAGGACACGAGCCCCAUGACGCUCGUCCCCGAACACCGCAGUUCGGAAAUUGGAGGAGAUCGGAUUUUGAAGGAGAGUGGUUUGGAGCCAAGGCGCGUCCGGGUUGUCGUCCAGAGAGGUGUUUUCCAGCCACCGUUUUGGAGGAAGGACUUUGGGACCAAGUAUGCCCUUCGACUUAGCUUUGAUCCUUCACCGUAUCCCCCUGUGGAGGAAUGGUCGCCGGACCGCAGGGAUAUGGUUGAAUCGGUCAAGCCGUUUAACAGGAUUUCGUUUGUGGGGCUCGAGAUACAGGAGCAAUAAGGAGGGAAAUGUAAUCUACGGUUGAUGUUUUGGGCAGUUAUGCAGAUUACGAGGAUUUACGCAGUAAAUGUUCGUUCC